GUCAGCAACAUCUGAACGCAGCUGAUCGGCUGUCAAGUGCCUCAGGAAGUUGUUUUGAAUUUUCUCUGGUUUUAUAUCGAAAAGUUUUAUCCCAAAGAUGUAUGAAUAAUUGGACAGGACAAGAACUUGUUUGUUCAACGUAUAAAAUUCUAGUUAUUAAGUAUUUUUUAAAAGAUGUUUUGAGAGUGUUAAAAGUGUGGUAAAGGCAAAAAGCCGAGUUCAGUUUAGCGGGUGAUCGACAAAUUCGAAAAAUGGUAGAGAAUAUAACUUUGUAUGACCAAAUUGAAAAAGACGCUGAGGGCACGUCUGCUGCCUACGUGUUUGCGUUGAUAGUCCCCAACUUGCUCACGAUGCUCCUCACAUUCCUGUUGAAUUUGCACAGUCGUGUGCCCGGGACAGUGUCUAGAUUUUUAACAGAAUUCAUUGUAUUGUUUUACACCAUAGUUUUUAACGUUACUAUUCUAAGCGACUUCAUUGUGGAAGUUUUGUGCUUGUUGGUGCUUCUGACCGUUCCGUUGGUUCUGGUGAAUCUGCAUAAAUGUGCAGUAGCGCACGACACUCAGUGCGGUUCAUCCGGACACGAUGAUCGUCUAUUGGACUGCAAAGGUACGUUCCGGGGGAUCCAUUCUAUAACAAGCAACUUAGAGAUUCCCGCACAACAACCUGGCUAUGUGACGGUCAUCCGCUCAAUGAUUUUUCUAGUCACGGCCGUUUGCAUCCUUGCAGUGGACUUCAAAAUAUUUCCGGGUUAUUCCUUCAAGACCGAGACGUACGGAUGUAGUUUGAUGGAUGUCGGCAUCGGGCUGUUCGUGUGCAGUACCGCGAUCGUGGCCAAAAAACCGCCGGCGGGCUAUUUCAGGUCACGAAGGAACUUGUUUCGUUUGUUCGUAGGCAUUUCACCUUAUAUCGUCUUAGGCGUGGGACGAGCGCUGGUAAUUGAACAGUUAGACUAUCACCAGGGCGUUACUGAGUACGGAAAGAACUGGAAUGCUUUUCUGACGCUCGGAGCUACCAAGCUGUUUGCAACGCUGCUCGCAGGCACAGUUCCUCGUGAACAGCAUCUGUUGUACGUGGCCGUGCUAAUUCUGGGAUUGCACGAGGCUGGGCUGCAAUACAAAGUAGCAGGAUAUGUUAUGAGUCCCACGAUUCCACGGGACAAUUUUCUAGCAGCAAACCGUGAGGGAAUCGUCUCAAUUCCGGGUUUCGUGGGGCUAUAUUUGUCUGUUAUGUAUAUAGGAACUUUGAUUAGUUCCGCUUCGAAGACUAUCACGGCGAAGGAAUUUCUCCGUAAAGCUUCGGUUUUUGCACUGAUGUCGGCGUCUUUAUGGCCGAUGUGUCUUCAAGUCAAUGCAAUGUUCGCAAUAUCACGGAGGAUUUGCAACUUGGGCUACGUGGUCUGGAUCCUUGCAAUCCUUGUGUCUUUGAUCGUCUUUUCGAUGCUAAUCGAACUGUUCUGCACAAUCUUGUGUCAUUGCAAAGCCAAGGAUCGCAGCGAGUCUUAUGUUCCACUCAUCAUGCGGAGCAUCAACUACAACGGAUUGUUUUUCUUCCUGCUAGCAAACGUCCUCACGGGAAUGGUCAACAUGACCAUCGCCACCAGCAAGACCGACACUCUGCACAGUUUAUGGAUUUUAAUGAUUUACAUGCUCAUUAAUUGUUUAGUUGUAACGAUUUUAUACAAAAUCCAGAUUAAAAUUAAAUUCUGGUGACUCAACUCU